AUGGAAGGGGGGUGGCCUGCUGGGGGGGGAUUCCUCCUCUACCUCACUGUCAACCUUCUGCUUCCAGGAAAAGGUGACACUUUCACCAUCAAUUGCUCAGGCUUUGACCAGCAUGGGGUGGAUCCUGCUGCCUUCCAAGCAGUGUUUGACAGAAAGGCCUUCCGUCCAGUCAUCAACGACAGCAUCCCCACUUGUGUCAACAUCUCCUUCACCCUGUCUGCCAUCCUGGAAGUGAAUGCACAGCUCCAGCUUCUGACGUCAUUCCUGUGGAUGAAUUUGAUGUGGGACAAUGCCUUCAUCAGCUGGAACCCAGAAGAGUGUGCCAGCAUCAAUAAACUCACUGUAUCAGCUGAAAACCUGUGGCUCCCAGACAUCUUCAUUGUGGAAUCCAUGGAUGUGGAUCGAGCACCUCCAGGUCUCACUGUAUUCGUCAGCAGUGAAGGUCAAAUGACCUACGACCGGCCAGUGCGGGUGACCAGCAUCUGUAAUCUAGACAUCUUCUACUUCCCUUUCGACCAACAGAACUGCACCUUCACCUUCAGCUCCUUCCUCUAUACAGUGGACAGCAUGCUACUGGGCAUGGACAAGGAAGUGUGGGAGAUAACAGAUACAUCUCGCAACCUCAUCCAGACCCAGGGAGAGUGGGAGCUCCUGGGCAUCAACAAAGCCACCGCAAAGAUGUUGGUGGGCAGCAACCUAUAUGACCAGAUCAUGUUCUAUGUGGCCAUCAGGCGCAGGCCCAGCCUCUACAUCAUAAACCUUCUGGUGCCCAGUGGCUUUCUGGUUGCCAUUGAUGCCCUCAGCUUCUACCUGCCGGCAGAAAGUGAGACUCGUGCCCCAUUCAAGAUAACACUUCUGCUGGGCUACAACGUCUUCCUGCUCAUGAUGAAUGACUUACUCCCUGCAACUGGCACCCCUCUCAUCAGUGUCUACUUUGCCCUGUGCCUGUCCCUGAUGGUGAUCAGCCUGCUAGAAACCAUCUUCAUCAUCCACCUGUCGCACAUGGCUACCACACAGCCCCCACCUAUGCCUUGGUGGCUCCACUCUCUGCUCCUCAACUGUGCAAGCCCAAGGAAGUGCUGCACCACUGCACCUGGGAAGGGAAAUAAGGGCCUCGGCCUCACCCUCACCCACCUGCACGGUAUGAAGAAGCCCGUGGAGUUAGUGGAGAAGGUGCCAGGUGCCAGAGGGACAGGGUUAAAUGGGUGUCCUGGGUCAACAAAGGCUCAACAGGAAGAUGAGGCUCAGAAGCAGCACUUGGUCGACCUGUGGGUGCAGUUCAGCCACAUGAUGGACACCCUGCUCUUCCGCCUCUACCUGCUCUUCAUGGCCACCUCCAUCAUCACAGUCAUCGUCCUCUGGAACACCUAG